AUGAAAGCCAGAUUUCAAGAGCAGGCCUAUCAUCACCCAAUCAAUGUUGGGAAAAAUCAGGGUGAAAAAACCUGCAAUGCAGAAGCUGCUGAGAGAUACAUGGAAGUGACUGAGCUGUCCAUUCUGGUGACUGACUCAAACACCAUCUGCAUUUGGUAUUUGCCAGAUGCUCUCAGCCCAAAAAGAAGGGCUGAUGUAUGGAACUGCCUUCAUCUUCUGAGGGAACCAAUGUGGGAGCACAUAAAGGCUUCCCCACAGGCAUGGUGGAUGGACAAGUCAUAUUUCCACGAUAAUGCUGAGUUGAAAGGUGCCAUCAACCUGUCACCCACAUGGUUUCAACAGGGUCAUGGGGGGGAUGGCAGGGAAGCAUUGAUCUACCUUGGCAAACAGGUGGAACAGUGGGCAGAUUCAGAUAUGAGCUCCAUACUGCCAAUAUGGAGCUCCACAUAUAGCAGCAUGUCCAUGAUGGUGAAUUGGGCAACUUGUUACCACAGGGAUAUCAAUGGAUGGGAUCCAUGGUAUGACAUGCUGGUAACCAUGGGUGACUACCCACCCUUGGACUUUGUCAUUCCAAUGUUGAAUCCUGGCUGUUCAGCACUGGAGCAUGGGGUGGGAGCCAUAGAUGGUGACAGAGCAUGCCUGGCAUACUACAUGCAUGUCAAUACCAGUUGCAACUGGACAACUGUUGAUUUGAAGCUGCAAAAUUUAAUGAUAUGCUGGCUCUUGAACUUUGGAUGGGUGGUGUUGCCAAGAUUUUGCGAAUGGGCAGGUGCUUUGACAUCAUAG